CAAAGCAAAAGAUGUUGUCCCGUUUAUUUCGCAUCAAUGCUCCUUCUUGCGGCGAAUCUAAACCAGAGGGCCAAGAAAGCACAUCUUCUUUACUUUUUGACGCAGAUCAUGCUUCUGGAAUUGAUAAAAUUAUGUUGUGUGGGCCGCCUGAGGUUGGUAAGACUUCGCUCCUGUUUGAGGUAGCACUCAGCUUUGCAGAUGAAGGAAAACAUGUCCUGUUCAUUUGUCCCAGAAAACUCUCGAGACUUCCUUUGCUAGCUCACGGAAGAACUCAGCCUUCUAGCAGCGCUUUGAAGUACAUACAGAGGGUUUAUUUGGAAACGAAAGAUGAAUUUCUCAAUCACAUGGCGUCUAUCCACAUGUCUUCAGCUAGAGUUUUUCACUCUAUUAUUGUGGAUAAUAUUGAUGCCUAUUUUCCCGCCCAUAUCCGAAACGAAGAUUUGUCGUCAAUUGCCAAGAUUUUUGCUCUUACUGUGGAUGCUUUUCUGUUCCAAAAGUCCAAGCAAAUUGAUCAGCCCAAAGUCAAACAUUCUGGCCUGCUUAUGAUGUCAGUCACAGUUCCUAUAGAUACUAACUCAGUUCCAAGACAAUCGUUUUAUGAACGCUGGGUACAGUUUGUCCUUCAGAUCCAGGUGCAGGCUGCAAAUCUCUGUGAGCUUUCAGUGCUACCCUCCAACUCAAGAGAUGGCUCCUCACUGGCUAGUGUUGUUUACAAAAUAACAGAUCAAAGUGUUGUUGUUCAAGAGAUUGAGUGUUCUUCACAAUCUGCUGGUUUGUCAGCAGAAGUGAAUUCUUGCACUCCAUUUAAGGCAUAGUGGUGGAGAAAAAAGGUUUGGUAAUUACAAACUUUAGAGGAUGAAAGCUUUGGAUUUUAGCCAAGAAUUGCCAAGAAUUCAAUUUUGUUUAACA